AUGGCGCUGGUACUGCUGUUGCUGCUUCUGCUAUUGUGUGGUACUGUAUCUAGGAAACAUUCCAUUAACUGCAUCACAGAUGUUGAUCCUCUUCCUCUUCCUCAUGAGUUUUAUCAGCCUGGGGACCUUGUCGUUGGUGAGAUAGCAUCUCAGGUCUUGUAUUUGUAUGAAACUCCCUCUUUCAAGGAGCAGCCCACACAGAUGUUGAUUAAUGAACCUAUAUCAGUGCCCAAGAACUACCAACACAUUUUGGCUUUGGCAUUUGCCAUAAAAGAGAUAAAUGAGAAUCUCAACAUCUUACGAAACAUCACUUUGGGUUUCCAUGCCCUCAACAGCUACUACAAUGCAAGGGUAACCACUAAAGCCACCCUGAGUUUGCUUUCCACACAACCAAGGUUUGUCCCCAACUUCAAGUGUGGCAUAGAGAGAAAACUGAUAGCUGUUAUUGGAGGACUGGAUUCUGAAACCUCAGUCAAUGUAGCCACCAUUAUUGCCAACUACAAAAUGCCACAGUUCACCUACGGAUCAUAUUCCCCAGCACGGAGUGACAAAACACAAUUCUCUUCCUUGUACCAGAUGGUCCCAAAGGAAGUCUAUCAAUACAUGGGAGUUGUCCGCUUACUGCAGCAUUUCAGUUGGACAUGGAUUGGGCUCUUAGCUGUGGAUGAUGACGGGGUGACAGUACACAAAGUAUGGAUUGUUACAUCCCAAUGGGAUUUCAGAUCAGUGUCCUAUCAAAGGAAUUGGGAUAUUGAAAGCUUCCAUGGUGCCAUAUCCUUCACUGUUCAGUCCAAAGAACCAUCAGGAUUCCAAACAUUCAUUGAAGCCAUAAACCCUUCCUGGGAAAAAGGAGAUGGUUUCAUCAAGAACUUCUGGGAGCAGGCAUUCAGCUGUUCACUGACAUUUCCCAACAUUCAUGCUGACAGCCAGAACAUUUGCACGGGGAAGGAGAAACUGGAGAACCUUCCUGGGAUUUUGUUUGAAAUGAGCAUGACUGGUCAUAGUUAUAAUGUCUACAAUGCUGCCUAUGCUGUGGCAUAUGCUUCACAGGCCUUUACCUUAUCUAGAUCCAACCACAGAAGACAGGUAGAAGAUCAGCUUCUGUUUUGGAAUGUGCAGUCAUGGCAGCUGAAUAAUCUUCUAAGGAACAUCACGUUCAACAACAGUGCUGCUGAUGCCAUGUAUUUUAAUGAAAACGGGGAUUUGAAAGCUGGUUUUGAUAUUACAAACUGGGUAACUUUUCCAAACGGUUCCUUCAUUCGAGAAAAGGUGGGAAGAUUUGAUCCUUGGGCUCCUCCAGGCAAAGAAUUAACUCUUUAUGAUGAUCAAAUUGUGUGGCACAGAACAUUUAAUCAGGUUCUACCACUUUCCGAGUGCAAUGAGAAGUGCCUUCCUGGCUAUAGCAAGAAAAAGAAGGAAGGAGAGAAAUUUUGCUGCUAUGACUGUGUCCCAUGUCCAGAAGGGAUGAUUUCUGAGCAGAUGGACCUGGAUAGCUGUACCAAAUGUCCACAAGAUCACUAUUCCAAUUAUUACCAAAAUCAAUGUGUUCCCAAGGAUAUAAGCUUCCUUUCUUAUGAAGAACCAACAGGUAUCAUCUUGGCAACCUUGGCUAUUUCUUUCUCUCUUGUCACAACUUUGGUGUUAGGAACAUUUGUGAAGUACCAGGAGACUCCCAUAGUCAAAGCCAACAACCAAAGCCUUACCUAUAUUCUUCUAAUCUCCCUUGCCCAUUGCUUCCUCUCUUCAUUGCUGUUCAUUGGGCAGCCUGGAAAGGUGACCUGCCUUCUCCGACAAACUAUUUUUGGCAUUGUAUUUUCGGUAGCUAUUUCUAGUGUGCUGGCAAAAACCAUCACUGUGGUUAUGGCUUUCAUGGCUACCAAACCAGGCUCUAGGAUAAUGCCAUUGGUGGGCAAAAAACUAGGGUAUUCUGUUGUCCUUUCCUGUUCCCUUGUUCAAGCAGGCAUUUGUGUUCUUUGGACAAGUACUUCUCCUCCAUUCCCAAAUAAGGACAUGCAUUCACUGAAAGGGAUAAUCAUACUGGAAUGUAACGAGGGCUCAGCUGCCAUGUUUUUCUGUGUCCUCGGCUACAUUGGGUGCCUAGCCAUUGUCAGCUUCAAAUUUGCUUUCCUGGCCAGAAAGUUACCUGACAGUUUCAAUGAAGCCAAAUUUAUCACAUUUAGCAUGUUGCUCUUUUGUAGUGUUUGGCUGUCCUUUAUUCCAACUUAUGUGGGCACCAAGGGAAAAUCCAUGGUGGCUCUGGAAAUCCUGUCCAUCUUAAUCUCUAGUGCUGGCUUACUGGGUUGUAUUUUUUCUCCCAAAUGUUACAUCAUUGUGCUCAGGCCUGAGCUAAACAACAGGGAACUACUAAUAAAGAGGAAAAGAUGA